ACAUAAAAAAAUUUAAAAUAUUCAGAUUUUUGAGAAAUUUGAGAGCGGAAAAUUGUCAUAUAUUCAUUAAAAUGUCCUCAAGGCGGUCUAUAUGGCGUCAUGAUAUGGCGCAAUCGUUAAAUGUAUCAUUUUCCAGAGAAAUGGCGGAUCAUUCGAGGGGUCUACGGAAGUGGGAGUUAACUAUUUUGAGAGAGCAGUGUAAAGAAAAGGAUUUGGAAGAGUUCUACAUGGCCUACAUGCGGCGACUGCAUAAAAGUCAGUUAUACUCGUUUAUGACGAUGCUCAUAUUCUGCACAGGCAUACAUUCUGCACUACUUUUAGCCACACUUGACCCAGAGGAAAGAGAUUAUGUAUAUGAAGAUGUGAGCGUAUAUCUCGGCGGCACUAUACUGACCAUCAUCAUUUUAUCACUCAACUUAAAGCAAACUUCGCCGAAGGUGUAUCCUUUGGUCGCGAAUAUGUGUGCAUUUGUGGCCACCAUACUGCUGAUGCUCAUGGACACCUCAGUGACCAUUUUGCAUAUGUACCGACGCAGUGUCACAUUGCCGGUUUAUAUAAAUUUCAUUAUUUUCUCAAUUUACUGUUUUCUGCCGAUUACGAGCCAUAUAUUCGCCAUUAUCUUGGGCUUUUUGGUGUCAGCUGUGUAUGUGGUGUUCUUGCGGAUACAAGUGUAUGUCUGGAUAAACCAAGGCUCCCCGAGUUUUAGAAAUCCAACAAAAGCGGCAAGUUUCUACGUCGGCAUGAUUUGUAUGAAUUUGUUUGGCAUAUUUAUGCGUUUGGCACGGGAAGCGGUUACGCGCAUGACAUUUCUUGAUAAGCGGCAGUGUAUAGAGGAAGAUAUUCUGUUUCAUGCAGCGAAGGACCAAGAGAAAAAUCUGCUAUUGAGUAUGAUACCAAAACAAAUAGCUAAGCAAAUGGAAGAUGAUGUCAAGUUGCGCAUAGAAUUGAUGAAGAAUCCACACCUUUCAACGUCUUUAGAUAAAAUAAGGAAGCUUUUCAUUGAGCCGCAUGACGAUGUGACAAUUCUUUACGCGGAUAUUGUCAACUACACCAAGCUUACAACCACCUUGGAUGUGAAAAGUCUCGUUGAAACCCUACACGAGCUUUACGUGCGCUUUGAUGAUGGCGCACAGGAAUUAGAUGUUUUGAGAAUACAGUUUUUAGGUGAUUGCUAUUACUGUGUGGCGAAUGUUUCGAUACCUAACGAAGAACAUGCAAAAUCGUGUGUAAAGCUUGGUCUGCGAAUGAUCAAAGACAUACGUGAAGUGGGAAAUAGUAGAAAUAGAGGUAUCGAUAUGCGUAUCGGCGUGCAUUCGGGUAGCGUCCUCUCUGGCGUUAUUGGCGCAAGCAAAUGGCAGUUUGAUAUUUACUCCAAAGAUGUUGAAAUCGCUAAUCGUUUAGAGAGCACUGGCAUCCCAGGCAGAGUACACAUUAGCAAAGAGACGCUGGAUCGAUUGGAUAAUCGGUUUCAAUACGAGCCUGGCACCAAAGUGGCGUUAGAUGAUGCGCUUUUGCGAAAACAUCAAAUAACGACAUUCUUAAUUGUUACGCCCAAUGAAAUCGAAAACAAUUUAAUUACGCGACGUUCGGUAUUUGUGAGAGCUGAAUUUUCUGAAGAGAACGUUAAAGAGGUAGAUUCUUUUGAAAGAAUGAGAACCAUGAUCCAUAAUGGGAUGAGUCAAGAGAGUAACAGGUUUCCAAUAAUCGGUUUCGUGCAACAGUAUAAGAGGCUAGUAUUCGGUUCACAUGUACGAGAGAGAGGGUCUGAAAGUGCAAAGCAACACUUUUAUGAGAACAUUUCGUGGUUGUUUAUGUGGUAUAAGAACUGGCGUUGGGAGUUUAGUUAUAUGCAACAGUCGGAUAUUCUACACAAAUAUAGUGUGCUCGUGUCUUACAUAGUUUUUUGUGGAACAGUAAUACUGCUCUAUUUUAAUAUGAAGCAAGCGAAUAUAUUUUGGGAGCUAUCAGCAAUUGGCAAUUUUCUCUUCUUACUAAUUUUGGCUAUGUUGUGGUAUCGGAAAGUUUGGUCAUUCUUCUUCGCUACAAUGUUUAUACCGAAGCCUAGGAAAAAAGUCAGUCUUUUUCUCUUUAAGCUUUCCGACAAAGCACAAAAAAACUUCAAAUUUCGUACACUCGUCUAUGUAACAAUAAUUUUGCUGCAAAUUGCACUCAUUUGUGUGGAAUUGCUAGAUUGCAGUCAGUUUCAAGUUAUAAAUGACAUUAUGGAAACUCAUGCUUAUGGCGCUGAUAUAAAUGAGAUAUGCUUUACCCCAUGGGCCAUCACACAUGCCAUGGACCUUACAAUUGGCAUUAUAUUUUUAUUCACGCACAUUUCUUACGUCUUGAAAUGGAUUAUCGCGCUUGUGGUCUUAAUAUUCCAUAUUAUAGUAGUAUUUGUGGUAUAUGAUUUCAUGUUCGAAUAUAGCACCAGCUCCAAUCCAUAUUUCCUGCCGCAAUAUGUGCACUUUAUGGAGCUGUGCAGAGUUGCUUGGAUAUUUCAUAUAAUGAAUAGAGAAAUUGAAUUUAUCUCACGCAUGGACUUUAACUGGAAACACGAGUUGAGAAAGAAAAAAGAUAAUGCCAAAUUUACAAAUGAAACAAUUUCCAUUUUGAUAGGCAACAUUUUGCCAGCUCAUAUUGUGAAUAUUUACAUGAAGGACCAUCUCGCCAGUGAACUCUGCUAUGAGGAAUACCAAAACGUGGCAGUCAUGUUCGCCACAAUUCGAAAUUACGACACCGAACAGGUUGGAAUGCGCGUUCUGAAUGAAAUCAUUUGCGACUUUGAUGAAGUGCUAAGCACCUACCAAGGCUUCAAUAAGAUCGAAAAAAUUAAGGUGGCUAAUUGGACGUAUAUGGCUGCCUGUGGUUUGAGUUCCACUAAUUCAAUCAUUAAGAGAAAUCGCUCGAAUCUUGAAAAUAAAGAAAGCGAUUUUAAGUUGGCUGCUUCGGCAAGUGAGAUUUCCGGGAACAGUGAGCUACAGGCUCCCGUAGCGUUGCGGGAAGUGGGCUUAAGCAACGACGUAGUUUUCGUUAUGAUGAGAUUUGCUUUGGAUCUGAUGAAGAAAAUGAGACAAUUCAAUGAAGAAAACAUACAAAGUGAUGACAAGCGUACCCAAGGUGCUUUACGUAUUGGCAUAGCCAAUGGCCCAGUCAUGGCUGGCGUUGUUGGUCUAUAUAAACCAUUUUACGAUAUUUGGGGAAAUGCUGUUAAUUUAGCAUCGAGAAUGGAUUCUACGGGAUUGGAAAAUUGUAUACAAGUCCCUGAAGAAACGGCAAAUAUUUUGAUGAGUUACGACGUUCAAUGUACUUUCAGGGGAAUGACGUUCGCGAAAGGUCUCGACUAUAUACCCACGUAUUUUGUUGAAAUUGACGAUGACUUCCAAUUCGUUCAGCAACGCACGGAUGAGGCGGUAACUUAGAUAUCUUGCAAAGCAAUAAAUAUAUAUACAUAUAUACAUUAAACUAAAAUAACUUAAGUAAUAUUUGUAAAUGCUUAAAGUAAAUAUGAUUUGUGAGAAAAUAAACGCAUUCGAAUACCAAAGAGAAUAAAAUUUAAGAGCUCAA